GUCAUGAGAAAAUUGUAGUGAAUGUGAACGUCAAUGAAAAGGUGAAAGGAAUGUAAUAAUUUUCUUCAAGUAAAUAUUCGUUUUAUUAUCCCGAAGAACAGACAUGGAGCCAGUUUAAUCGGGCCAUGCUUGAUAAAUUGAAGAAAUAUGAAACCGCAGGAGUUGCAACAGAGAUAUAUGUAUGAUAGACCACAGGAUGUAAAGUGAGCCGAGUCUGGAGUUUUCUGUUCUGGUUAUCAUUAGGUUAACUGACUGACUUUUCAGAAUGGCAUUUAACUGACAAGGAAACAAGAAGGGGUUGAACACCAUUUGGCUUCACCAUGGGAGUUAACUCUUCCUUUCCGGAGAGUUCCCAGCAGGUGGCUCGAGCGGCUUUCUCAAGACUCGCUCACGCUUAUACUGUGUCUGAUACAGAUAUAAAUGUUCGAGAAAAGAAAAAGAAAGCAUCAAAAUUUGCAACAUUACGCAAAAAACUAACGAGAGCACGUCGUCACAGCCGAUCUCUGGAUUAUGGAAAAGCAUUGCGCGAUCUUACUGCUUCCUGGUCUCUAGCCGAAGUCAAGGCCCUGAUUCAGGAAUACGAAGCGUUGGCUUCUCUGAAAGAGCUAGCUCUCGCUGCCAAUCUCGCAAGACCCGCAUCCAGUUCUUUCCGUCAGGAUUUGUCAAACUUGUUUGAUAAAAAAUUCUCUUCAGAUGUUGAUCUUGUGUAUCGUGGGGCAUGUUUCCCAGCUCACCGGGCGCUCUUGUCCAUGAGGAGCCCAUAUUUCAGAAACCUGUUGAGUCGAUACCCAGACUUUAACAUGCAGGUUCCCAUCAAUUUCAGAACAGCUGGAGUUGACGUGACAUUGUUUGCGUCACUUCUUCGUUACUUGUAUACAGACUCAAUCAAGACAGAAGAUUUAAAACAUGAACACAAAAAAGUGCUGAUAAAACUAGUGGAGGAGUUUGGAAUGCCGAAUCCUCUAGAACAAGACCUUCGGAACCUGUUAGAUACAGGGGAUUACAGAGAUGCUGUACUAGUAUUCUCCUGUGACUUAGUGGCAGAUAUGCCAGAUCCAAUGUCUGCUUCAAUGACGGAAUCGUACACUAGCAAUGACUUUCCAUGCAAAACAACCCAGCAUGAACUCUAUUGCCAUAAAGCAAUUCUGGCUGCUCGAUCACCAUUCUUUAGGAACCUUUUACUGAGGAGAGCUCGGUCUGGGGAAGAAAUCACUGAUCGUACUUUAAAUACACCUACUAGAAUUGUGCUUGACGAAUCAGUCAUUCCUAGACGUUAUGCGAGAGUGUUACUGAAUGCAAUAUACCAGGACACGGUAGAUUUGUCGUUAAUAUUACGGGGAAGUGCAAGUAUGUGUAGUCUGAGUGAAGCCCAGGCAAUUGUUGCAGGCAAAGGACAGAUGACUAUAGUGGACGAGGCAAUGGAGGUGUACCAAAUAGGGCAGUUCCUGGACUUUCCAAUCUUGUCCCAGGGUUGUGAAGACAUCAUUGUGGAACAUAUCAGCAUAGACAAUCUGAUGAACAUCCUCAGCUGGAGUUCAGAGCCACAUGGCUCCCAGUGGGUUCACCGCCAGGCUCUCCACUACCUGAGGGAGGAGUUCCUCCAAGUCAUCCAUUCUCCUGUUCUCCUGGACCUCAGCAAGGAGUAUCUGAUAGAGGCGCUCAGUUCAGACUUCUUACAGGCAGGAGAAUUGGAUGUACUGACAGCCGUCCUAAAGUGGGGAGAACACCAGCUCAUUCGCCGGAUAGAGGAGAGAGAACCCAACUUACUGAGCCACACGACACACAGCAUAAGUAAGAAAGGUGUAAAGAAACGCGACUUAAAUGACAUAGAACUGAGGGACAUCUUAGCGGAGUUACUUCCCCUGAUUCGUGUGGAUCAUAUCAUUCCCUAUAAUAGUGAAUUACUAAACAGUGCAAUAAAGCGUGGUCUGGUGAGCACGCCCCCCUCACACAUGUUGGGCGACGAAGCGACCGGAGGACAGAGGGUGUGUGCCUGGAUCAGAAGUAAACAUAAUGGAAUGUAUAUGAGGCCACGUAUCUUCACACCCUACUUUGAGGAAGCUAAGUCCAUGCGGGAUGAGUUUCUGUCACAAGGCCAGGAUUCAGAUGCUGGACGAGUACGAACCAUCCAGAUGUCUGCCAUUCCUGACACACUGUACAUGGUAGACGAGGCACAGUAUCCUCAGACUCCCGGACUCCAGGGUUUAACUAGUAGUUCGACUGUGGACAUUAUCGCCGGCACCAUUCCAGUUCCAGACUCUAACACACUGAAGCUGAUGCUGCAACGGGAAGCAGAGCUCCAGAGCAGCAAGUUGUGUCAGCGUGCGUACAGUCUGCCGUUCAGUGACAGACGCGCCAUAAAUUGUCAACUCCAACUCCGGACAGUACGAGAGUUUGGUAUGCCUGACAUCACUAUAGAAAUACUACAGAACAGUCAAAUUUAUUACUCAAACAAUGAGUCACUGCCAGCAUCUCUGCAGCUAAAACACGGACGACGUUAUCACUCGUCCCCGGUUCGGCAGAAGCCCAGUCCACCGCUCAGUCGACACAGUAGUAAGCUAGGGAGUCCCACUAAACCUGUUGUUCCGGUCACUCCCACUCGCAUACAGCCCAGCAGGUCAAAGGAGACCAACACCAGUCCAUGUAGUGACAGUGCCUUAAGUGACAUUAUGCCUGACAUUGCUAUGGCGACAUCCUCCAUGGGACAGGUACGUGUUCACGAAGAGUUUGAGCUGGACAUCGGUGAUGGCAAUAGUCACCACGGUACCAUGUAUAUUUGACAACAUGGAUGAUUACAACAGAUCACCACUGUUCCGAGUAUCUACAAUCACAGCGUCAAUGACAACAGUCUCCAUAGCUUCUUCUGUUCUUGAUCACAUCUUUAAUGACUACUAUCAGCAUUUGUUCAAUUUUGUAUUUGCGGCCAUGUUGACCAGUGUAAGUACUGUACGAUGAGUUGUUGAUGUGAAACCUUUAUCAGUUCUGGACUAGCUUCCAUGGCCUGUUACACCCAGGUAGAGAGAGUUUCCAUAUGUGUGUGACAGCAGCUUCUAUCCGUCGUCUAGAACUAGACCUCAGAGAUUAACAUAGAAGAAUACUCUGUGUGUUUAUAUGGCGGCAAAAGAAUAAUCAACACAAUUUGA